AUCUACAACUGAGAGCUAUGGCUAUACAUUGCCUACGCGGGGCUCGGAACAAUUUAAAAGAUUUAAGAAGACUUCAGCCCUUGUUGUCGAAAAAUUACAGCCUCUACAGCACGGCAGCGCGGGAGCGCAGCACAGGGGACGACUGCCAUGGCGACGACCCCACGGACGACCAGUGCCGCUCGGUGACCGACGUGCGGAUGCUGGAGAUACGCGCCAGCAAGCUGCAGGAGCAAGUCCAAGACCUGACUACGAGGUACAAAAAAGCUUUGGCUGACUCAGACAUGGUUCGGAGGAGAACUCAGAAGUUUGUCGAGGAUGCCAAGACCUUUGGAAUCCAGAGUUUCUGCAGGGACCUGGUGGAGGUGGCCGACCUGCUGGAGCAGGCGGCGCGGGAGCUGGAGGGUGAGGUGCUGCAGGAGGAAGGGGCGCGGAGGCUGUGCCAGGGGCUGGCGCGGAUACAGGACCGGCUGCAGGGGGUCUUCACCAAGCACGGCCUGGAGAAGAUGCGCCCAGUGGGGGGCAGGUACGACCCCUACCAGCACGAGAUCGUGUGCCACGUGGCGGCCGAGGGCGUGGAGCCCGGCUCCGUGGCCGUGGUCAAGCAGGAAGGGUACAUGCUACACGGACGCACCAUACGCCACGCCCACGUGGGCAUCGCCAUGGCAACGCAAGAGCAAUGACCUGUCACAGGCAUUC